UCUCGCCCGGUGCAGCUCAGCGGAAUCCGGAAGGGCAGAAGUUCCGUCCUUGAGUCAGUCACUGAGCUCUGCAGCAGAGAGAUGGGAUACUGGGACAGUCCCGAGGGCACGGCGUGUGUGGAGAAGACAUGGAUCACCACCAAAUUAGGCACUGCGCUAGGGCUUGUGGGUUCAGCCUAUCACAUCGUAGCCUUCCAGCCUGAGUCAGCCCUGGCAGCUCUGCAGAGGACCACCAGCACCACCGUCACUAUGGCCUCUCUGGGGGCCAUCUUUGGCAUGGCCACCUGUCUGAGCGCCCAGGCCCGAGGGACCCCGGAUGACCCACUCAACUACUUUAUUGGAGGCUGUGCCUCAGGAGCUUUCCUGGGGGCCCGCACCCACAAUCCCAUGACAGGGACGUCGGCGUGCCUGGCUUUGGGCACUUUGGCAUACUUCACUAAAGUGGGCAAACAAGAGGGCUGGAGAUUGACCGGACCCCCGCGACUGUGAGGCGUACCCUGUAAAAUAAAUCUAAUGUAUCAUAAAGUCUUUGUGUAAUAAACCUGUAAAAAGAA